AUGACAGACACCACAAUAAACCCGCUGGAUCUGCCAGCGUCUCCAUCAUCCGAUAUCUUCACUGUCUCCCCCGCAGAUACCUCACUAGACUCUCCGGAACCGGAAUCUCUUGAGGAAGAGGAGAAGAAGCCAACUAAGAAGAGAAAGUCAUGGGGCCAGGAACUUCCAGUCCCUAAGACCAACCUACCACCACGAAAACGCGCAAAGACAGACGAUGAGAAAGAACAAAGGCGGAUCGAGCGCGUUCUUCGAAACCGCGCCGCCGCUCAAACCUCCCGCGAGCGCAAGCGAUUAGAGAUGGAGAAGUUGGAGACGGAAAAGAUCCGCAUGGAACAACAAAAUCAGUUCCUGCUGCAGCGAUUAACACAGAUGGAGGCCGAGAACAACAGGUUAUCACAACAAGUGGCCCAGUUGUCCGCCGAAGUCCGCGGUUCGCGCAGCACCACACCCAAGGCGGGCUCCCCCGUUAUGGAAUCUCCAACCCUCACACCCACUCUCUUCAAACAAGAAGGCGAGGAUCUCGCCAUGGAGCGCAUCCCCUUCCCCACCCCCUCCACCGAAUACUCCCCCACCCUCAAGCCUUCCACUCUGGCUGAGGCCUCCGACGUGACACAACAUCCUGCAGCGGUGUUGUGUGACCUGCAGUGUCCGUCGCUGGUCUCGAAGGAGCUGGAAGUGCCCUCCCUCUCUUCGACCUUGGAACAGAGAUCGAACCUUCAGCUGCAAAUGAUGUUGCAGCUCCUCUUUCUGACGAUGACUUCCGCCGCCUAUUCCACGGUGAUGGGCCCUCUGAGUCAAAUCCUUCAUUCCCUGAAGACGGGUUUGCCUUUGGCGUUCUCGACGGAGGAGACCUUUCAGCAUUUCCCUUUGAUUCUUUGGUUGAUUUCGACCCCGAGUCUGUCGCCCUCGAAGGCGUCGACCCGACCGGUCUUUCGGAUGAAACUUCUCACUCGACUACUAGCAUGCAGCCCAGCCUUGGCGCGUCCACUUCGCGAUGCGACGGGCAGAGCAUUGCAGCUAGCUGUUAGUGAACAGUUUUCCCGUCAGGCCGGAUCAGGUGACGUCCAGGGGAGUCGACUGCGAUGGGAGACUCUGAUGACCAUGAUCUGGGCGAUCGAUCGUCUCCAUCAGUCUCGACAACCCCAGCGGGCGCUCACACUGAAAUCCGGCCGGCGACGCAGUUACGGAAAGAGAAUUCAUCAACGGAGUAUACGGAGUUCCUGGAGUUCAAUGAGCGAGACUUUGAUGUCUCAGCUGGGCAAGCAAGCAUGA